AUGGCAAGCAGCGAAGGCGCUGUCAAGCGCCGCCGUGUUUCGGUGAAGACGCACGGCGAGCAGGGUCAGGAGGAUCCGGAGGCUGAGGAAGCGGCCGGGCUGGCAGACAUGGUGGAGCCUGCGGUGCCGGCCGUGCCGCUGUUUUGGUCACUGCCGGCAGACGAGAACGAGCCGGCGGAGUCAACCCUGCGACACUUGAUUCCCUACACACGCAGCGAGGCCUGGAAGUGGCUGCUGGGUCAUGGCAAGUCUCUGCUGGGCAAGUCGAUUCCGAAGUCUUUGGAGGCUGUGCAGCCUCUUAAGAUCCAGGAGGGUCAGGGAAUCAAGGAAACCUGGGACCUGAGCAACAUGAAGAAGGCAUUGAAAGGCCACGGCGUCUAUGAAGCUGCGGCGACUGCUUGGGUGCUGUCCAUCGACGCAGAGGGUGACGUCUUUGUUCCUGGGGAGAAAGGCCACAUCUUGUGCCCGUUCACCAUGUCCGGCACAGUGCCCAAGAUCCCGGCCGACACCUUGCCGACCAAGAUCAAUGUCAUCUCAGGGUCACGGCUGCUCAGCAGCUUCUAUGUUCAGCUGGCCCAGGCUUUCAAAGAGAAUAACGAGGACAGGGUCAAUUUGCUGAUGAAGGCAAGCUUGUCGUGGACAGUCACUGUCUACGUGAAUGUCUCCCCCCAGGGUCGGUUGCUGGAGGAGAACAAGCUGAACACCGCCAUGAAGGCUGCGGGAAAGCAUCUAGGCGAGUCGUGGCUGUCAUGGUCACUGCGCGCACUUCAGAUGGCUAGCCUCGAAGAUGUCAAGCUUUCAGGGUCAGACAAGUCGGCAGCUGACCUGAACCGCACCGGGCUGACACUAGAGGGCAAACCGGUCAACAAGAAUCACACCCAGUGCUUGAUGCUUCAGAGUCAGCUGCUGUCCGGCACCUCGGUUCAGCUGCUGAAGGACAUCGAGCGAAUUUAUAGCCCAAAGGCUUUGACGCAAGACUACACCAAGAUCAUGCGCAUGUGCAAGGUGUGUCAAGGUCACAUGGUGGUGGUGAAGAAUAUCCUGCCGGGGGCUGAAGCUGUGGAGAUAUUCCUCAGGAGCGCGCUGGUGACGCUCCACAGAAGGGUCACGGACGCUGCCUUCUUCUCCAUCACGACCAUCGACCCUCAGAACAAGGUCGGGUAUGUCAGCCUCGUCCUCACCCGGUACCGCAUCAUGCACUACCUCAGCAACCUUGUUGGCUUUGUGGAAGAGUCUGCCAGCAAGAAGGAGAUGCAAGAUCAGGUUUUGCACGUCUUCCAGGACCCGUUACUCUUCCACACAACGUUCCCUGUGUCAGAAGAAGGGGUUCUGGAUGAGGAAGUUGCUAAUCGAGUCAAGGCUGGUCUGGGUCACAAUUGCAGCCGGGAGCUCUUGUCCCUUUGCCAGAAAAUCACUGAGGGUCACUUCGACGAAGCCCUCUUGACGCUCGCAGCUGAUGCCGAGCUGGAGAAGACACUCUCCAGUUCGCACAAGGAGGAUGACAAGGUGGUGGGCGUGCUGGUUGCAGCGAUUCGGCAGUUUGGGAACUUGCUGGAGUCUGUUCGCCAGGGUCAGUCGCGAGCCCAGUCAGUGUCCUGA